AUGCAUAACCCAUACUCCAUUUAUGAACAUCAUUCUCCCAAGUCUAAGAAAACAACUCGUAAAAAUAUCCGAAGAUUAGUUGCCAUUGAAACAACGUCAUUUACAGAAGAGGAACAGAAUCAGGAAGUCAACAUGUCACAAGCGCUAAAGAGGUCAAUCUCUAGUAAUGCGGUAAAUAAUUUAAAAAGAAGACCUUCAUUUUCUGGUCUUCAUCGAACUUUAUCGCAAACAAGUUGUUAUAGUACGGGAUCUGCCAUGUCUGCUAACCUCAGAAAUGAAUCUUUUAAUGAAUUCAUGUAUUUCCUAAACGGGGAAGAAUACUAUAAUAAAGCCAAUUAUUUAUGGGAAAACUUGCCAAAAGAAACCAAAGAUGUCUUUGUUGCCAGAGUAUCAACUAAGAAAAGAAAUUUGAACAAGGAAGAUAUGACUUACAAUGACAUAAAGGAUCUAUUUCAAGGUCAGACAGCUCCCACAAAAGGAUCAUUUAUGCAGUAUAGAAAAAAAAUUAGCCCUUACUUUCGUCAGGAAUCUCCUGGUAUGCCAGAGUCAACUAUUUCAAAGAUUAUUGGCCAACUUUAUAAUAAUGAAUUAACUGAGAAAGACAGAAAACGGUUAAAGAGAGAGGCUGAACAAUUUUAUAAUAACGAGACUCAACAUAGGUUAAAGGAAGCAAAGAAAUAUAUUAACAAAUCUAAUAAGUCAAGCUGUGAUGACCCAUUUUUGGAGCAGAUGGAACUUUGGAAGGGUAGAAAAGAACUCGCUGAUAAAAUAAAAGAAUUAAAUACUUUGAUGACAAAGUUAGAAGUCCCUUCCCAUGCGGUGAAGAGCUCGGGAGUGCCAACUCCCCAAAAUAAGCAAUCUUUAACACCAAUUCCAGUGGAGAAGUCCACAUUUAAAAAAAAGAACACAACCACAUCCGGAACUACCAUUAAAGUCAAGGUUAAAGAAAAUAAUAAAUCAACUACAUUCGCAGCCUCAAUAACAAAUCAAUCAAAGAAGUUGAUGAAAAAGUUCAAGAAGAAGAAGCGUCCUGCAGCUUUGAAUCUUUACAGAAACCCUGAAGAUAAAGAUUAG